CGUGCGCUUAUGGAGCGCUAUUCACGGUCCACCGCAAAGCAGCACCGCCAUCUCUGCGCUACCGCCGCCGCUAUGCAGUCUAUACUUUUAGAGGAAGGCCUCCCUCUCAUUCCUUCUGCAUAUUUUGCCGCCGGCAUUGCUGCGGUUCGCGACGCCGAUCGAGCGGACCGGGAAGGUGUUGCUGCUCUCUCUGCUUUUGUCGCCGUUGUGCUCCCUCUAGUCCACACGGAGUCCUUGCCGAAGGCCAAGGCUAAAGAAGCCGCGAUCGUUAUUGCUUCCUUCCUGAGGGAUCCAGCUGGCGGUCUGUCGACCGGUACCCUGCGGUCUAUGGUCAAGUCAUUGGGUCUGGUGGCUCUGAGAGUGGAUUUGGAAGAUUGGCCUUCGAUUGAAUUGCCUCUUGAGACUCUGCUACUUUUUGCAGUGGAUAAGCGCCCAAAGGUUCGGAGAUGUGCCCAAUCCUGUCUUGAAGUGCUUUUAAAAAAUUGCCAUAAUUCCUCCAUUACCAAAAAGGCUAGCAAAGUUGUACAUUGUAUGCUUAGAAAGUAUAUCGCAUUGGUGAAAAACACCUGUUCAAUUGAACCUACAGACGCUGCUCUGAACAACACUGUGUCCAAACCUGAGAAUUUGGAAACUCUCCACAUGCUAAAUGUUAUGAAUACUGUGCUCCCUUAUAUUUCAGAUAAAGUCAGAAUGAAAAUUUUGUCUGAUGCCUAUGAACUGCUUGGUUUUCAUUUUUCAUGGACAACUAGACAUAUUCUAAGAAUUCUCGAGGCACUGCUGGAGCACUCAGAUGUUAAGGUUUUUGUCCCCAAAGCAGAAGACUUCAUGUCAGCCCUUGCAUCAUACAUCUCCACAGCUGAAAAGAAUCCUGUGGAUACUAUUGUUUCUGCAUCAAUGCUGCUGAAAAUCCUUUUAAGUAAAUUUGAAGAUGCAUUUCCAAGCAUGUGGAUAAAAUAUCUUCCUCCUGUCUUCAUUUCUCUUAUAGGAUAUUUAGAAUCUGACUCUGACACCUCCAAGCUUGUAGCUGAUAUUCUGAAAGAAUUGAUAAACUUUCAUAUAAAUCAGAGCCUUUUAAUGUUGGGCACUGGUCAGUCAAAUAACUAUGAGGUGGAGAGUAGUCCUGAAGCAUCUGCAGUUGCAUCUAUGUGCAGUGUAUCUGAUAAAAUGCUUAAAAAGUGCAGUUUUCCUACUGAGCAUAUGUUGGAGGUCAUGUCUGUUUUGUUUCUCAAACUUGGUGAAUCCUCAAUUUUUUUUAUGAAGGAAGUUUUGAUAACAUUAUCACAAUUCACCCUCAAUGUAGAUGGGAAGCAUAAUAUGAAGCCUUUAGAGCAAUGCAUUGGAGCAGCUGUCAUUGCAAUGGGUCCUGAGAAACUGCUUUCAUUGGUACCCUUAACUUUUGAUAUGGAAAAAUCAUCCUGCUCAAAUUCAUGGAUCAUACCUAUUUUGAAGAAAUAUGUAAUCGGUGCCUCACUUCAAUAUUUUCUGGACAAUAUUGCUCCUCUAGCAGAAGAUAUUCAAGAAGCAUGUAAAAGAGUUGAGAAAGAAUCCUGCCGGAAGAGUCUACAGUCAUGUUUCUAUAGCCUAUGGGAUCUACUUCCUUCCUUCUGCCGAUACCCAAUUGACUCGCCAGAAAAAAUCAAAUCACUUUUUGAACUAUUCUUGGUUGUUUUAAAGGAAGAGCCAUCUUUACAUAAAAUCAUAGCUUCUGCUUUGCAGGUGCUUGUCAAUUCGAUCAGAGAUGACAAUCGACAUUGUGUAGAUGAGCCAUGCAGCUUUUUCUCUCAAAAUUUUAAUAUGGAAGUAAAAAAAUUUCGCUAUUCAAAGAAAGUUGCAUCAAAAAAUAUGAAGGCCAUGGCGUCUAGGUCGUUGGAAUUGUUUCAAAUUCUCAAAGAUAUAUUCUUUGAGUCUCCAGAUAAACGUGUAUAUUUUAAGGAUGCUCUUGGACCCCUUGCUUUUAUCAUACCAAGCGAAUACUUAAAGAAUUUUUUUUAUUCAGAAUUAGCAAGUGUCGAGCAAUCAUGUGAUUCAGCAGAUUCUGAGAGAUUAGAUGAUCAUGCACAAGCCGAAUACAAAAAGGCUGGUGAGGGCAAAACUUUGGGAAAAAAUGAGGAGAAGAGAUGUUUACUGAUGGAGCUUGCAUCUUCUUUUGUGGCGGCAGCAGACACUGAUCUUACUAAUAUAAUAUUGCAUCUUAUUAGAUCCUCUUUAUUGGAUACCAAUGGAGUAAUCCAAUGCGAAGCUUACAGUACUUUAAGUCGAGUUUUGGAGGAGAAGGAUUCAUAUUCUUCUGCUCAACUUGAUGAGCUAAUUGAGCUGCUUUUUGCUGUGAAGCCGCCUGUUGAUACCAGUAGUCUGAAGAACCGCUUUUCAUGUUUCGAGUAUUUGCUAGUAUACAUAUUAAAGAGUAAUUUGGCCAACUUGAAUGCCAAAGCAUUUUUAAUUCUGAAUGAGAUUCUGCUCACGCUUAAGUCCAAGAAGGCGUCCAGAAAGAUGGCUUAUGAUUCUCUCUUAGCUAUAAGUGGUAAAUUGAAGGCUCCUCAUUCUGAUAGUGCUGAUUCAGAUCUUUUGCACCUUUUUAGUAUGGUGAUUGGUUAUCUUUCAAGUUCCUCUCCUCACAUCAUCAGUGCAGCAGUUUCUGCACUUUCGUUGCUGAUAUAUCACGAUGCUGCUUUUUGCCUCUCGGUGCCCAACCUGAUACCUGCAGUUCUUGUUUUGCUUCAAAGCAAAGCAAACGAAGUUAUAAAAGCAACUCUUGGUUUCAUUAAAGUUUUAGCUUCCUCCUUAGUUUGCAAUGACUUGAAAAAGCUCUUACCUGAAAUUCUCCUAGGAUUAUUGCCAUGGUCAUUAGUCUCGAAAAAUCAUUUUAGAUCAAAGGUCAGUAUCAUCGUUGAGAUCUUGAUCAGAAAGUGCAGUUGGGAAGCUGUUGAAAACCAAACGCCAGAAAAGUACAAAAACUUUGUUAAGUUCAUUCAUGAGGGACGAGCCACCCAGAAAUUUGACAAAGCGGCUAAUACAUCUGAAUCUGCAGAAAGAGGGAAGAAAAGGCUACGUGAUAAUGCACUAAAUCCAUCCAAGAAACCUUCAAUGGAUAAAUCAAGUAGUUCCCAGAUGAUGUCAGGGAAGAAAGAGCUGAACGGCUUCUCCAAGGGUAGGAGCUCCAGUAAAAUGAUGUAUAGAACCGGUGUUUCUAAUUCACACAGCCGAAAUAAGGCUUGGACAAGAAAUACAGUUACCAAUCAUAAGAGGAGAUAUGCUGAACAGCAAAAAGUCAGUGGAGUUGAUACUCUUACAAAAAAGCAGAAGCAAAACAUGAAUGUUUCAAGAGUUAAGAAGCCGAAGUUAGACAAAUUGUCUGUAAAUUCGAAAUCAUUUGCUUCCUCAAGGUUCAAUAAGCACAAGAGAAGAUCUAGCUAGAGGUAGUUUAAUAAUCUCUUUUAUCGAUACAAGGCUGAUUCAUGUCUUCUGAAUUCAUUUAGCAGAUGGGAAAGGGAUCCUUUCCCAUGAAAAGAAGCUGAUUUAGUCCAGGGAGCGAGCAUUUUCUUUCAACAUCCAGAAAGAACUGGCAACAGAAUGUGAGUUAUUUAUUUAUUUUUCGAGGUCCAAGUAUUUAUUACAUUUUUCUUAAAUUAGCCAGUUUCAUAAGAUUGAAG